CUGGAAGGCGGCAGGGCGGGGAGCGGCGCGCGCGGGCCGCGGCGGAGCAGGAGGCUGCAAGGAGAGCCCGCGGGGGCCCGGGGGGUGCGAUUCCUCCGCCCCCGCAACACAAUGUGUGGAGUGCAGCGGGGCGCAACUUGCCGGAGGCGGCGGGGGCGCGCUGAGCCCGCCUGAGACCGCGCCGCUGACCUUCUCCCCCCGCCGUCCGUUGGGCCCGAGCGCCCAGCUCCUCGCUCCCCAGCUCGCGGGGGCCGGGCCGAGCUGCGGGGCGGGGCCGCCCCUCCGUCGCUGCUGCCUCCUCCCCCACCUCCAGCCGCGGAGGAUGCGGACGGCCCCCGGCGGCGUCUAGCGGCCCCGGGCCCAGGCGCGAUGGUGCAGCAGCGGGGCGCGAGGGCCAAGCGGGACGGCGGGCCGCCGCCCCCGGGGCCCGGGCCGGCCGAGGAGGGGGCGCGGGAGCCCGGCUGGUGCAAGACCCCGAGCGGCCACAUCAAGAGACCGAUGAACGCAUUCAUGGUGUGGUCGCAGCACGAACGGCGGAAGAUCAUGGACCAGUGGCCCGACAUGCACAACGCCGAGAUCUCCAAGCGCCUGGGCCGCCGCUGGCAGCUGCUGCAGGACUCGGAGAAGAUCCCUUUCGUGCGGGAGGCGGAGCGGCUGCGCCUCAAGCACAUGGCGGAUUACCCGGACUACAAGUACCGGCCGCGCAAAAAGAGCAAGGGGGCGCCCGCCAAGGCGCGGCCCCGCCCCCCCGGCGGCGGCGGCAGUGGUGGCAGCCGGCUCAAGCCCGGGCCGCAGCUGCCUGGCCGCGGGGGCCGCCGAGCGGCAGGAGGGCCUUUGGGGGGCGGCGCGGCGGCGCCCGAGGACGACGACGAGGACGACGACGAGGAGCUGCUGGAAGUGCGCCUGGUUGAGACCCCCGGGCGGGAGCUGUGGAGGAUGGUCCCGGCGGGGCGGGCCGCCCGGGGACCAGCGGAGCGCGCCCAGGGGCCGUCGGGGGAGGGGGCGGCUGUCACCACCGCCUCCCCGACUCCGUCGGAGGACGAAGAGCCGGAGGAAGAGGAGGAGGAGGCGGCGGCGGCGGACGAAGGCGAAGAGGAGACGGUGACAUCGGGGGAGGAGCCGCUGGGCUUUCUGUCCAGAGUGCCCCCCGGCCCUGCCGGCCUGGACUGCAGCGCCCUGGACCGCGACCCGGACCUGCCGCCUCCCUCGGGCACGUCGCACUUCGAGUUCCCGGACUACUGCACCCCCGAGGUUACCGAGAUGAUCGCGGGGGACUGGCGCCCGUCUAGCAUCGCCGACCUGGUUUUCACCUACUGAGCCCACCGUCAGCGGGGCGCGCACGCCCCCAAACCAGCUGUUUACAUACAGGAAUCAGGUAUUGGGGCCCCUCGGAGGCCGAGGCUGGCACCCCAUCUCCCGCGCAGCCUCCCCCCUCCUAGACGUGCCCAUCCCCCUCCAAUCUAGACAUGCCCCUCCCCCGCAGACACACCCCAAGGCAGCCCAACCUCCAUUCCUAGCCUGACAUCCAAGCCCCUCCCCGUCUUGCCCCCUCCCGCACAGCCACCAGCAGCCAGCCCCCCUCCGACACACCUCCCGUUCUCUCCUACAGACCUAUACCCCUCCCCCACGUUGCACACGCCCCCCCGCACCCCCCGUGGCCGGAGGACACUCCCCUGCCCUUGCUCCCGAAUCCCUCCGCCUUCGCCUAGCCCGCCUCCUCUGCUGUUCAGGGGGGCCCUGCGGCUGGGCGGCCCCGCGCGCUCCUCCCAUGCCCCUCCCCUCCCCUGGAGGGGGAGGGGCGCGCUCCUCUCGCUCCCGGGGCGCUGGGACCCGCCCCCUGCUCGCGCAUGCCUAAUGCUUCGUGGGAGGAGGGGGCCGGUUCCAGUCGAACCGCACGCCUCUGUCACCCGCUCCGGGAAGAAGGGGGCCGGGUAUAGAGCGAUCCAGAGAAAUCUUUUGAUCCGGGAGCCGCGGCUUCCUUUCAGCCCGACGGGGCGUCGCUGCCUUAAUGGGAGGAGCACUCGGAAUGGGGGGAAAGAGACUAGCUGGCCCGGAAGGGAUGAUUUGGAGCUUGGAACUCUCCCAAGUGGCGUAGCCCCUUUUCCCUUACGGAGUCGCCCAGCCCCACGUGUAUGCCCCCACACCGGCUGCUUGACUGCCUCUACAGCCUAUCUUGGUCACCAGAAACCUCCCUUUCUUGCCCCUACCUGGGAAUUAGAGGUAGGGUCUUUCUCUGGAAAUCCACCACGAGAGGAAGGGGCUGCCCAAGAAAACUUAGAAGCAAGACUCCUACCAGUCUGUUGGGAGACAAGGUCCCUCUGCUCCCUUCCCUGCCCCCCACCCCCAGGGAAAGUGCCCUCCCACUUCAGGGCACACUCCCAGCCUGGGCUCCUCCCUAAGCCCACCCCGCCUUCUGUCACUCUAGUCCACCCUCAGUGCCCACAGUUCCAGUAUUCAGUGGGAGAAACUGAGGCACGUAGGUACGAGGGGCUUGAGGUUGAGGCCCGAUAGCAGAUGGGGUGGGAAGCAGAGCCCCCCUUUUAAACGGCUUCGGUGAGACUGAAGGGAGGGUCAGGGUGGUGGAGGAGGGCCGAUUUUGCCUCCGUUUUUCCAUCUGAAAAAUAGGGGCAGCGCUGCUGUAAGAGGAAGUUGUGCCCAGUUGGGGGUGCCCUCGGGGACCCUGCCCCUGAUGCCGUUUCCUCUCUUUCUCCGACUCCCCCGCUCCAGCCCCGCCCCUCCGGCCUCCCCACGCCCCCUUUGCCCUCACUACCUGUAUCUCACCGGCGUGUGUUCGCCCUCGCGGGUGUGCACACACUCUCAUUCACAUACACAAAUCUCAGGAACAAACGGUCCCAGAGUCCUCGGGACCCCUGUCCAGGGUCUCUGCAGGCCUCUGCCCCACGCGUUCCCGUCGCUGACAAAGCCACCAGCUGCCUCCUUUAAGCUUGGUGCUCUGGCUCUGGGCCUUUCUUGCGCUCUCUCUCUCUCUUUCUCUCUCUCUUUUUUUUUUUUUUUAAGUAAAACGACAACAAAAAAAGACAAUGAAAAAACCAGAAAACGUCAUGUGAGUGAAGAGAUGUCACUGUCUGUGGUCUUGGAGAACUAGUCUCGUAGCUGAGGGGAGGGUCCCUCCAAUCUGGGGCACUGGCACCCACAGCAGGACUUCCGCCAGUCUGAUGCCAGGACUGAAUAAAGUGUAUUUGCCCCGA